CCACGUGACAUCUGGCAUUGGGCGACGUGGUUUUAGUUUGAAGGGGUGAGCGGAACCGCUACCUGGUGUUGCUUUGUAACUUGUCCGGGUCCUGCGGCUGCACGAAGAACCUGAUGAAGAUCCUGAUGAAGAUGGAUCUGCGUUAUCAAUGUCAUUAGGACAAUACGUCGCUUAUUCUUCCGAGCAGUAGUUUCCUCAACAGCACCAUGUUGGCCAGGAAGGGCCUCCUGCCUGAUGGGUUCCUUCUUACCCGUCUUGCUGAGGACCAGAACCAGCGGAACCGGAGCCACUGCAGAGCUCAGAAGGCCCGCUUCAUCACCAAGACGGGCUCCUGCAACGUGGCCCACAAGAACAUCAUGGAGCAGGGUCGCUUCCUGCAAGAUGUCUUCACCACCAUGGUGGACCUGAAGUGGCAGCACUCCUUCCUCAUCUUCACCUCCGCCUUCCUCUGCUCAUGGAUGCUGUUUGCCAUGAUCUGGUGGCUCCUGGCCUUCGCCCACGGGGACCUGGAGCCCCGCGACCCGGAGGGCGAGCCGGGCCCUGUGCCCUGCGUCACCGCCAUCCACUCUUUCACUUCCGCCUUCCUCUUCUCCAUCGAGGUCCAGGUGACCAUCGGGUUCGGGGGCAGGAUGGUGACGGAGGAGUGUCCCCUGGCCAUCACCGUGCUGAUCAUCCAGAACAUUCUGGGGCUGAUCAUCAACGCCGUCAUGCUGGGCUGCGUCUUCAUGAAGACGGCACAGGCCAACCGCCGGGCCGAGACGCUCAUCUUCUCCAGGAACGCCGUCAUCGCCUCCCGCAACGGGCGGCCCACCUUCAUGUUCCGGGUGGGGGACCUGAGGAAGAGCAUGAUCAUCUCCGCCACCGUGCAGCUGCAGGUGAUCCGGCGCACGGUGACAGCGGAGGGCGAGGUGAUCCCCGUGUGCCAGCUGGACAUCCAGGUGGAGAACCCUCUGAGGAGCAACGGCAUCUUCUUGGUGUCUCCUCUGAUCAUCAGCCACACCAUGGAGCGAGGAAGUCCUCUGUACGAGCUGUCCUCCCAGUCCCUGGCCUCUGAGGACCUGGAGAUACUCGUCAUCCUGGAGGGCGUGGUGGAGACCACCGGGAUCACCAUGCAGGCCCGGACCUCCUACACACCUGAGGAGAUCCUGUGGGGGCGGCGCUUCGUCUCCAUCAUGACGGAGGAGGACGGGCGCUACUGCGUCGACUACUCCAAGUUCGGCAACACGGUUCCCGUCAAGAUGUCGUCCCUCAGCGCCAAGGAGCUGGACCAGACCCGGGGGGUCCGGGAGGGUGGCCCCUCCGACCCCGUUAAUCUGCAGGGCUGGGGGCUGGUCCGGGCCGGAAGGGGGGGCUUCCGCAGAGGAGGGGGCCGGGCCUGCGACGGCUCCUCCCCCCCUGAGCCCUGGUACACCCAAUCGGAGCAGCCGCAGAGGGGUGCGGAGCCCACCGGCCAGAAGAACAAGAAGGUGAGGCUGGAGGUGAUCGGACGACGGACUGAAGACGGCGAACUGGGAGAGACCAGCGAAUGAGGACCAGGGGACCCGGUCCCUACUGGAGAACAGGUUCUGACCCGCUAGGACAGAGAUACAGAACCAGGAGGACGUGACGUCAUUAUAAAGAAGUCAACCCUCCAAGAUGGCCGCUAUCCAAGAUGGCCGACUGCUGUCUCUUCAUUGGACUAUAAAACGUGUUUCAAGGAUGUGAAAGUGUAUUUUGUUUACAUUACAUAUCAUUUAAAUGACACUUUUUAUCCAAAGCGACUUACAUUGCAUUAUAACCCAUAGUCUACAUUCUGCCUGGGGAGCAGUUGGGGGUCAGGUGUCUUGCUCAGGGACACUUCAACAUGGCACAUGGGGCAGCCGGGAAUCAAACUGACAACCUUGCAGCUCCCAGCGCAUCACAUGACUCCAUGCGCCUCCAUCACUGCUGUUUCAAUGUGUUCAAGCCAUUCCUUCCAUCAGUGUUUUCAUGUUUCAUGUCUCAUCUUUGAUCACAAAAUAAAACCCAGUAACAUAAAACCA